AAAAGGGCUGUACCUACAUAGUUUCGGGUUUGGGAUAAUUUCCGUAAUCCAAGGGAAAAGAAAGAUGCGGGCAGCGGCCUUUGAAACUCCACCUCUCUCAACGCUCCGUCGUUCAACCAUCAUUCCGGCCACCGUCUGCGGUGGCAGCAGCUUCUUCAACUCAUAUAACAGUAAUAAAUGCGCUCUUACUAUUUCACCUCCAGCUUCUUACAGUUAUCGCCACAAAAGCAAGCACUUGAAUGUUAGGGUUAAUGCUGCAAAUGCCCCCUCCGAUGAUCCCUACAACUCUACUAACCAACUUGCUGUUCUUCUUGAAGUUGAAGGGGUUCUCAUGGAUGUAUACCGUGAUUGCCAGCGCGAGGCCUUUAAUCUAGCAUUUAAGAACAUGGGAUUGGAUUGUGCAAAUUGGACGGAACCAAUCUACUUAGAUCUCGUAAGGAAAUGCUUUGGUGGUGAGGAGGAAAUGCUAACAUUGUACUUUAAUAAGAUAGGUUGGCCUACUUCACUUCCCACUAAUGAAAAAGGAAGUUUCAUGAAAAGAGUUCUGCGAGAGAAGCAAAAAGCAUUGGAAGAUAUUGUCAAGUCAAAAUCUUUGCCUCUAAGACCUGGUGUUGAAGAAUUUAUUGAUGAAGCGCAUAACGAUGGUGUUCCUGUGAUCGUACUAGCCUCUUACAGUAGAAAUGGCGAAAAUGUAGCAAUGCCCAUUAUUGAAAGACUAGGUGAAGAUCGAACGUCAAAGAUGAAAAUUGUUGGGAAAGCGGAGGUGGAACAGAGUUUUUAUGGGCAGCUCGUUCUUGGUAAAGGAGUUGCUUCCAGUUUGGAUGAACAAUUACUUAAUGAAGCAAGAAAAGCUGCAUCUACUGAAAAGCAAAAAAUUGCUAAAGAGGUUGCAUCGGUGCUUAAACUGAGUGUUGACAUUGAUACAACUUCAAGUGAAAACUUGCAGAAAAUUGUGGCUGCACUGAGAGCAGGAGCCGAAUAUGCAGAAGUACCUGUUCCCAAUUGCGUUCUUGUUGCUGGAAGUCUUCCUGGAGUCGUUGCAGCUGAGCAAAUUGGCAUGCCAUGCGUUGUUCUUCGCAGCAAAUUGACAUCUAGGGCUGAGUUUCCUUCAGCGAAGGCUGUACUCGAUAGUUUUGGUGCUCCGGAUUUAACAAUUUCGAGACUACGACGCUUGAGGUCUUCCUGAACGUUAUUCAAUUUUGUUUGGGCACUUGUGGAGAUGAAAUUAACCGUCGCGAGCUAUAUCCAAUUGUCAGGAGAUUGUGUUCUUGUGCAUAGAUUGUGUGUUUCACUUGCUGCUGUUCUAAGAUGAUUCAUCAAACAAACUUUUAUGGUGGUACAGUUUUAAAAAAAUGGUAACAAGCAUGGAAAGUGAAUUUAUAUACGUGUGUUUGAGAGUC